AUGAACACAGUCAUGACUACUCGAAAGACAAAGCGAACUGCCGAUGAAGAAUCUGUUAGUAUUCUGGAUGGCUUAAAAAACUCGCUCCAGAAAAUGGAGCUGCGUCCAGGAGCUACAAAGAUGAGAACUCAAGUCCGCCAUGCUCGUAUCACCCAGAAACUUCACUCCCAGAUAGCCAGUGCUGCAGAGCCAGCUGAAACUACAGCUUUAGCAAACACUGAUGGUGCAGAAGAUGAGUUGGACGACGCGACGUACGAGUUUCCAUCCAAUGAUGAUCCUACAGAGGACACAUGUACAGACGCCGAUAUGAGUAUGGGCUUAGACUUAGAUGAUGAAAACGCACUUGAAACUCCAGGAGUACUACAGUCAUUAAACACCAACACCUCUCUAUACAAGGAUUUUGUUAAUACCCCAAAAGAGUUGAAUGAGCCAGAUGGAGGCAAGUGUGAUGUUGAUACGGCUGAUAUUCAUUUGUCUCGAAAAAUUCUUGCUACGCAGCGUGCUCAAAAGUAUUGCCAACGUGCACAUACAACAUUUUCAGAUCUAUGUCGAUUUCAUUACACACCCCCAAUGACUCCACCAUCAGGAUACUGGAUAGCUAGACUUAGCAAAUACAAUCUGGAGCGAAAGCGAUGGGCUAACAAAGGUCCUGUACUUGUAUAUUUUUUGGAAGAUUGGCCAGCCAGGUUUGUUGGUAACUAUCUCUACGGAUCACGAAGCGUAGCAUUUAAUAUACAACUCCAUGAUUCGCGAAUCACAAUCAACACACAGGGACACAAUACAAUAUCAAAAGCAUACAUUCAAACAGAGUCCGUUCCUCUCAAUAGCUAUUUUCCCGAGGCAGCUACACACGGAAAUCUGCCUGUUUACAAAUGCGAGAGUGUAAUUGUUCCUGAAAAUGAGCAAGUUCCCUCAUUGAUUUCGCUUUGCUUCCAAAAUCAACAGGAUGCCUAUCAUGUCACGCAAUACACGUCGAAUCUAGUGAUGGCUUGUCGUAGUAUUGCCAUUGCAAAGCGGGUUGCAACAUUUGUUCAGCCUCAUAAAGUUGCAGGUCAUCCAAAUCAUGCCACUGUCAUUUCAUCAUACAGUAAUGAUGGGGAGUUUACUCAAAAGCUUGCAGCAAAUGGCCUGUAUUAUUUUCCUCAGUACAACAGCAUGAAAGGGACCGUGGAUGAUUUCACCAAGUGUAUAUGGUGCGGCACCGAGUUUCCACCAUUUCCAUCAUCACAGUGCAAUAUUAAUGUCAUUCAUGCUGAAGGAGAAGCAGCAGAACGCUUAAACUGUCCAUACGUAGGUUUACGGUGCUAA